GCGGGUUUUCGAAGCUCGAGCUGGAAUUGGGUUCGAGAAUUGUUCGGUGGUGUGGUGACAGCUGCUCAAGUUCGACGAGAUGCUGAGUCCUAUCAAGGGAACUCCUGGGCGGUACACGCCGGGCCGAUCGAGGCUCGGCCCUCCACCACGGGCCAACGAGACUGGCAAUGGUCACAGGGUCCGAGUCGUGGCGAGAGUGCGCCCCUUCCUUGCGGAGGAGAUCCAAGUCUCUGGAAAUCCUGGGCACGAUUGUACCUCCAUCUCGAAAGGCACGGAAGAGGACAGCUUGACGAUCAGUACCGAAACUGCAAGUUCAAUACUGGAACAUGGAUCUUCUUCAAGAAAACCUGCAAUCAAGUUACGAAUCAGCUGGCUUGUCAGAGCUAAAGUUUGUCGCUGUGAGGAGUAUAAGGUGGACGCUUGUUAUGGCGAAGCAACUGACAAUGCUGAAGUGUUUGCCAACGAGGUGCAACCAAUUUUGCAAUGUUUGUUCGAAGGACGCAACGCCACUGUCUUCGCUUAUGGGGCGACUGGCAGCGGCAAAACGCACACCAUGCAGGGUACUGAGACGGACCCGGGCUUGAUGUAUCGGGCAGUGAAGAGUAUAUUCAAAUCUGCAACGGAUCAUGGAUGCACCGUUGCUAUUUCCUACUAUGAGGUGUACAUGGAUCGUUGCUAUGAUCUUCUGGAAACGAAAAAUGAGGUCCCUGUCUUGGAAGAUCACAGCGGCAACAUUCAGUUUCGUGGUUUGGCCAAGAUAGAGAUCAAAAGUGUGGAAGAGUUUCAAGCUUUGCUGGCUGAGGGAUGUGCUCGACGCAGAAUGGGCUCGACUGUACUGAACGAUGUAUCCAGCCGUAGCCAUGGGGUUUUAGCUGUAACAGUCACCUCACGUGAUGCAACAAGCCAUGUCCUAAGGGAGGCCAAGCUGAACUUAAUUGACUUGGCUGGAAAUGAGGACAAUAGGAAAACAGGGAGUGAUGGUCUAAGACUUGCAGAAAGCAGUCAGAUAAAUCAAUCUCUUUUCGCCUUAUCUAAUGUCAUUAAUGCCCUGAAUGCUAACGAUGCUCGGGUGCCCUAUCGAGACAGCAAGUUGACUCGUAUUCUGCGAGAUUCUUUGGGAGGCACCAGCCGGUCUGUGAUGGUGGCAUGCCUGAAUCCGGGGUCGUACUCAGAGGCCGCCAAAACACUAAGCCUAGCUGCAAGAUCAAGACAAGUUGUAAAUCACACAGAGGGUGUCCGACAAGGAGAUGAAUUCAGCAAAGAGAAGUCGGACAUGGCAGCAAAACUUAUGGCUUGGAAGGAAUCAAAAACGAAAACUCCGGUCAAGCCUCCGACUGUAUCUUGCAGCCCUUCACCGCUGAAGCCUUUCCUCAUGAGAUCUCCGCCUCAUGUUCGAAGCCCUAAAACGCCAGUCAUUAAGAAGAACCCUCUCGAGCGCGUCGGGAAUAAGACAAGAGUAAAAAGCAGUCCAAAGGUGAAUGUCACUCGUGCUGUUCCAUCGAAAAAGGCGACAAUCGUAUCACCGAUAAAUGAGCAAGUAACCAUAGCCGGUGCAGAAGAAAGCAACAAAGGGGAAUGCGAGGAGAUCAAUACAACAAGUAAUUUCAGCGAGGAACUGUACAAUAACUGCACUAAUCCUCUCUUUCAAGAUGGAGAUGCUCCAUCAGAUACUUAUGGUGAUGAAGCUGACAAAGAGAACGACUUCUUACAACAUAUUGGUUGUCCAUACACACCACUCAAACGAACAUCUCAAAUUGUGGAAGCAUCUCCACCUUUGAGCGUGAAGCUGAAAAGUCUAGCAAGAGCUCUACUUCCUUUGAGUCCUGUUGACACCAAUGUACCCUCUCCAUCUCCACUGGUUGUAAAGACUCCUAAUGACCUACCUCGAGUUCUCGACUCGACCUUUUGCACUCCAAAUUUCGUUGAGGCAGAGACACCGUACGAGAGAUUCAGCAAGUCUACCGCAAAGAUUCGGAAUAUGCUGGUGGAGCAGUACCUCGAUAUUCUGAACACAGCACCAAGGGAUCAACUCCUUAUGUUGAAGGGCUUCGGAGAAAAACGAACGGACGCAAUAUUAGAGCUCCGAGAAACCUCGCCAGAACCCAUGAAAGAUAUAACAGACUUAGAGAGAAUUGGUGUCAGCGCCAAGCAGGCUUACGCUAUCUUCAACAGCAAUGUGAUAAGACAAGUUUCCUUUGGUCCUUGAAUACAGCACGGCCAGGUCAUCCUUCCCAACAACUAAUCGGCUGUUUUGAUCUCGGUUUGAGCCCCAUCAACUCUCUCCAGGCAUGUUGCCGGUACGGCGCAGCCUGAAGCAAAUGCAAGUCGCAUGUGAAUUUAUAUGAAAUUGGUACUAUGGCACAGCUUAGCUAGUGAAGGAGCACUUGCGCCAUCUCCAGUGGGACUGCGGUGUUAGACCUCGUGGACCAACGGCUGUUAGUUAUACCCACAAGCCUCGCCUUGUCCAGGCAGUUGGAGGUCAUCUUACGCUUCUCCUUCUUAAGAGAAGCUGGGGCACCAAAUCUACAAUUCUCUCUUCUUCCACCUAGAGCAGGGUGUGAUGGCCAGCAUGCGUCAUCCUCCUGGCACCUCCUGUACAGUAGUACGUCAACAACGGGGCGAGAUCUAUUUUAAGUAGAUUCGUUCUGUUCAGUCUCUAUGCUCUCAGGUCUCGCAAGACACCGAGUAGACUCAGAGCACCAGAUGCAUAAGGAUAAUCUGACAAUGAAGCUAAAAUAACUUAGCGUUCUGGAUUCCGGCCUUUGUCGAAGUCUGAUAUCCAAUCUUAGCGAAUAGAGAUUGAUCGAAGUUCGAUAUUCGAAAUUGAUUUCGAUAUGUCUACAGCGACUUAAGAGACACUGAGGGUUUUAUUAAGAUUUUAAAGGUCUGAGAACUAAACUGGAAUAAAAUCUUUCAGUGUAUCGGAUGUUGAAAGGUUAGUUGAAAAUCGGUGAUGUCAGUGGGACCCAUUCAAGGGAUACCAGCUUGGAGUAUAAGCCUUCUUGGAUCACGAAUUCCAUUAUAACAUCAUGCCU